AUGACUUUAGUAGCUAUAGGGGCGUGCUACCUCGAUACAAUUCUAACGAUCUGUCGCCGGCGCGGUGGUAACUGCCCAAACACUCUCGAAGUUCUAGGGCAAUUGUUACAAUAUGGGCCGUCGAGUGCCGAAUCAUCCCUGAAUCUCAUUACUGUCCUUCCCUCCAAAACAUCAGUGGCAUCUCAGCAAAUUCAAGCAAGCUUAGGGAAUAAGGUUCGGCUAGAUAGUUGCAUUUACCGAGAGAUAUUCAGUGAGCCAGCUUCCAGUUAUAUCAUUACAAGCCAGGCCACCGGUAGUAGGACGAUCGUCAAUUACAAUGAGCUGCCGGAAAUGACUUGCGCUGAAUUCGCUACCGCCGUUGAGUCCUUACUCGCCGUGACUGGUCGACCCUGGUUUCAUUUUGAGGGCCGUGCACCAGAUGUAACAUUGGAAUGUAUUCGUUAUCUCCGGGAGCAUUUUCUAGGUACUGAAAUCAGUGUUGAGGUGGAAAAACCAGGCCGGCCAGGCUUGCAGGAGCUUGCAGACGCGGCAGACGUUGUUAUCUACUCGAAGGGCUGGGCCCAGAGCAAUGGAUAUACAUCUGCUGAGGAUUGCUUGCGGGAUCAGUCAUUGAAGACAAGCCGAGCAUCCUUGCUGUGCUGUACUUGGGGUCAUGAAGGGGCUGCAGCAUUUGAACCAAAAACUGGCAACUUUGCUCAUGUUCCGGCACAUAUUGAAGAAGGGGGAGUCAUCGACACCAUCGGAGCUGGAGAUACAUUUAAUGCUGGCUUACUAUACGGUCUUAUCUAUCGUGGUCAGGAUUGGGGUUUCCGAAAGAGAUUGGAAUUUGCAAAUCUGAUUGCUGGCUUGAAGGUCACACGAGAGGGCUUUUCAGACCUCCAAAGAGCGUUGGACGUUCCGUCAUAUUGA